GGGAGGAAGCCAACCCCUUCCGCUGUACCCUCAACAACGCAGGGGAGGUAUCUGGACAGGCCCUGGAGCCAGGGAAGACUUGGGUGUGCUGCUUUCGUCCUGAGAGGACUUGGGAAAUGCUGGAGCCCUCUGGCCCAAACGAAGGGGAGCACCUUAAACCUACAGCACCCUUGGAAAUAAAAUGGAAAAGCCAGGCUAACAAGCGAGGUCUCAGUGGUUGCUGUGGAUAGAGAGAGAGCGCCUUCCACAGCUUGGGAGCCCCACUGGAGGAAGCCCCACUAGUGAGCAACGGGGCAGAUGGAAACAGCCGGGCCGACUCAUAACAAAAGCGGUGGCAUGGCCAGGCCCGAAGCCCCAGGUCGGGAAGGGCUGCUGACUUGCCAGGGUUUACAAGUAGUGGCAAGUAAAGAUGAACCCCGGAGGUGAGGCGGGUCCUGGAGAGGGAACAGCACCGCAAACUCUUGGCUGAGUUAAUUUCUGCUGUUGGGUGGCUGAUUCAGCUGACGCUCCACUCUAAGGGAUGCCACUUCUGGCAGGACACUGGAGCCCUUUGGAGAGGAAGUUGCACUUGGAGAGGCACCGGGGCGACGUGCAGCUGUGCCAAAAAGUGCUCCCACGGCUGUCCCCAGCUUGCGCGGUGCUCUCAAAGGGCUGGAUUGCAGGUGCCCUCUUUAUUCCUAGGAAGGGCUGCAUUCCACGGCUGACUUCCCCCUGACCUGCCUCACUCUGGGCCAUCUGGCAUAACAGGGACACGGCACCUCCCCCCACUCCAUUGGCUAAGCAGAUUUGGGGAGGAGAUGGGCAAAGGGCUCUGGACAGCAGCGUUUGUGUCUUGCGAAGGGCUCCAAGUCUUUUUAGAAGAGGGAAUUUUCCCAAUUGCAUCUUCUCCUGUCACAGUGCUGAGAAAAGCAUCGACCCCCCUCCAUAGAACAGGCCUAGUUGUUCCAGGGCCUGGGCUGCUGCCCACCCCCUUCUCUCGCCCCUUGGGCUUCAGCCUUGCCAUUUCAAGGCUGAAGCCCAAGGGGACGGACGGACUGGGGCUCUUCUGGCCUUCAGAGACUUAGAGGGAGGCAAAAUGGCCCUGCAGCCGAGGCCCGGCCUUGCUUGUGCUUCGGAGAUGCACUCACUGGGACUCUGGGGCUGCAGAGGGCCUCACUUGAGGGCGGGGUGGAGUAGGACACCCAAGAUCUCCCUCUGACCACCUGGUCUCUUCUGGGCCUCAGCCAGGAAGCAUGGAAGGAGGAGACACUACUGUGACGCAGCAGGUCUGCCAGGAAGAUGAGAUCCGUGAUGGAGAGAUGCGGGAGGUGGAGGUGGCCGGCUACCCACUGCUCCUGUUGCGGGACGGCCUCCAGUUCCAAGCCGUGGGGAGUCACUGCCCGCACGCCGGAGCACCGCUCUGCAAAGGGUAUUUUGCUCGGGGCCGGCUGCGCUGCCCUUGGCAUGGCGCAUGCUUCAGCACCAGGACGGGAGACAUUGAGGAAUACCCCACACUGGACUGCCUGCCAGCGUUCGAGGUGACGGUGGAAGGUGGGCAGGUGUAUGUCACUGCAAAGCUGAAGGACCUGGAAAGCAGCCACCGUGUGGCGCCGAUGAGCAAGCGCUCCCGGCUCAACCGCCAGACAGUGCUUCUCCUGGGGGCAGGCCCAGCGUCACUCACUUGUGCCGAAACCCUUCGCCAGGAGGGCUUCACAGGCCGUGUCAUCAUGGUCACGAUGGAGAAGCACCUGCCCUACGACAAGACCAAGCUGAGCAAGGAGAUGGAUGCUGCGGCAGAGAGCCUGUACCUGCGCCCCCAGUGCUUCUUGGAUGCAGUCAACAUCGAAGUCUGGACACAGAAAGAGGUGGUUUCAGUGAAUCCUGCAGCCAAAACAGUGACCUUCCGUGAUGGAACCCACCAGGCCUACGACCAGCUGCUCAUUGCCACUGGCAGCUGUCCUCAGCAGCUCCAGUGCCCAGGGGCCAGCCUGCAGAACGUGUGCGUCCUGCUCACCCCCGAAGACGCCAACCGGAUCCUGCAGCUGUCGAUUGGCAAGAGGGUGGUGAUUGUAGGGGCCUCCUUCAUCGGCAUGGAGGUGGCCGCCACCCUCUCUGACAAAGCAGCCAGCGUCCACAUGGUGGAAAGGGAAGCCGUGCCAUACCAUUCCUCUCUGGGGGACCAGGUUGGUGGCGUGGCCAUGAAGAUGCUCCAGGCUCAGGGAGUCCAGUUCCACCUGAAGAUGGAGGUGGCUGAGCUGCAAGGAGAUGAACACGGGAAGGUUACACGGGUUGUCCUAGGCACUGGGCACCAGAUCCCGGCAGACGUGGUGGUGGUGGGAAUCGGAGUCGUCCCAAACUCCCGCUUCCUCCAGGGGAGCCCCAUCACGCUGGACCGCAGUGGUGCCAUCCCAGUGGACCUGUUCAUGCGGACCAAGAGCCCCUCUGUCUUCGCUGCUGGGGAUGUGGCGUCCUUUCCUGUGGCGCUGCUCGGGGGAAGGAGUGCCACCAUUUGUCACUGGCAGAUUGCCCAGGCCCACGGUCACGCAGCUGCCUUGAACAUCCUGCUGAAGCAAAAGAAACUGCACACGGUCCCGUUCUUCUGGACAAAGUUGAAAGCAAAGAGCAUCCGAUACGCAGGCUGUGGCACUGGCUACACGGAAACCGUGCUGAAGGGGGAUCUGGACCAGGAGAGGUUCCUCUUCUUUUACGUGAAGGCCGGCAUGGUGACGGCAGUCGCGAGCCUGAACUUUGACCCCAUGGUGUCCAUGGUGGCCGAGAUCCUGGACUCUGGGAGAACCAUCACCAAGCAGGAGGCUGAAGCGAUGGAGGUGAAAGAGCAGCAGAAGGCCUAAGCACCCACCUCCCUGCCGAGGGCACAGUGCUCACCAGAAUCGCAGCUGGGGAGCAAC